UAUUCCUUCCUCCGAGUAUGCUCUUCGAGUAUCACGGCUUAUUCGGAGUAAAUUUAAGAACGCAACCCUUGAAUGAUUCGGCGUCUGGGGAAGUGCGGCAACACUGUUCUUAUUUUAUAUAGGCAAAUUGUCAAGAUGGCAGGUUUCUUUCACGUGGUCUGUCACAUUUGUUGCAUCGUUGUCGGCACGAGUCCUGAGAUAUUUAAGGAGAUUUAAGGAAAUAAAUUUGUGUGCUUUAAUAUUUAUUUCGUGAUUUGAGCGUUUUAGGCUGAAUUUAGUUGAAUAUAUAUUUAAAUAUGAUUCGUCAGUGUGAAAUUUGUAAGAAAAGUAAGAUUUCCCAUCCGGAUUUAUCUUUUCAUAAAUUUCCAUCUGAUACCGAAAAGAGAGGAAUUUGGGCUUCGCUCCUUGGAUUUGAAAGCGUUAAUUUCACUAAGAAGUUGGUAUUUAUUUGUUCGAACCAUUUCAAUCCAGACGAUAUUGAAAUAAGGCCAAAUGGAAAAUUCCUCAAGCCAGAUGUUGUCCCAUUACCUUAUCAUACAACAUUCGAGAUUUCAAAUGAAAGUUCAGACACAGUAUCCGAACAAGAAGUUAGUCGUAUCAGCCCAACUACAGAGACAAUGUUGUUUGGAGUGGCAAGUAACCAGUUUGAUGUUGAAGCUCUGUCUAAAAGCUCAUCAUCAUCUUCAGUUACUCUUACAGCCUCAGAGUGUGAAAACGAACUUUCUAAGACAAUUUUUGUUGAACCAUCAUCGCAAAAUGUUCCAAGAAAAAAAAGAAAGAGGAGCUAUUUUGGCGAUUUGUCAAGCAGUGAUUUCUCGACACCAGAGAAGCGAAGGAAAAGUUUUCACGGUAUAAAGAAAAUUGUCAGAAAACAAAAAGUGAGAAUACAUUGUCUUCAAAAUAAGGUCCGUCGUCAAAGGCUUCGAAUAACAUCAUUGAAAAGUUUGGUGUCAUUUUUGAAUGAAAAGUUUCGUUUAUCAGAGGAAUCAGAACACACAUUAUUGGUGAAGGAAGAAAAAGAAGUAUUUCCAGACACUCCACCUAUUUCCGAAGUUUAUAUACAAGAGCAAAACCUUCAACAGCAAAGCAAAAUUCCCUCGCAAGAUUCAAUCAAUGAAGAAUUCAUAAAAAUUGAAUAUUUAGAAGAAUCUCAGCUCACAAAAGGUGAUUUACCAACAGAAGAAAACAUGUCUGACCAAAGUGAACUGGGUUUCUCAACAAUCUCCUCUCCAGGCAUCAUCUGCAAAAGAUCAAUUAGCCAUGAAGAUGGAAGCUUUAUUGAGCAGUACAGUUCAAAGAGGCAGAAAUUAAAUGAGGCACAGGAACAACCUAAGAAGAGUUCAUGCGAGUUAUUUCUGCUGAGUUUGGUUCCUCAUUUAGAAUCAAUGACUGACCAUCAACAACUGUCAUUUCAAAGGCAGGUGCUACAGUUGUUGGAGAUUAUUAAAUAUCCCCAAUCAGACAGACCAUAAAGUAAAUAUUUGUAGAAAAUCGAAUAAGCUAAAUUUUGCAAUGCUGGUUAAAGACUAAUGAAGCACUUCUGUGAUAGUUUUUUGUUAUGUAUUAUAUAUUGAUAAUAAAUAUAUUUUUAUAAUUAUUUAUGUGUAAUAGUAUAAGUGUCCUAUUAGUCCAUAAAUGAAACAAAAAUUAGUUUGUCUAUGGUGCAGUGUUGCUAAUCGGCGUAUUUUAAUCUGAUUUGCGGAUUUUUUUGGACCUGACGGAUUUUGAAAUAUCUCGGAUUUUUUUCGAUUCAUUGAGACCAUAGAUUGUUUCUUUAUGAAUCAAGAAAUGUUUUCAAUCUGGGUUUUAUUAUGUGCAUUAACAUUUCCAUUUCAACUCUUCAAGAGUGCAAUAAAUAUUUGUAGGAUAUCCUACAAAUAUUUUGUUUUUAUUGUAACAAACUGUUGGAAUUAUGUCUUGUAAUUUUUUUUCCUGCAUCAGAAAAAUGUCUGUUCAGGACAAGAAUUCCAAUAUUUCAUCAUCUUCUCGAAUAUUGCGCCUUCGCUUCGCCUUCGAUAUUUUAGAUUCAAAAUCCUGUAACCCACAAUCCACAUACAUGUAUUGCAGGAACCUAUAGACAAAUCAUUUCGUUAAAUAUUAACGCUAGAAGGCAGCUCCAGUGAAACCAUAUUAUUGCAAAUAUUGUUAAAUCUUGGAAUAAAUGUUCUAAGUGUUAAAUUAAUAUUUGGCAUUCAUUGUAAACAAGAAAGAGCCAGUCAAAUAUUUUCUUUAACAUGAGCGGGUGAAAAAUAUCCAAUUUUUUCGAGUUUUUUUUUGAAUAAUUUAAGGUUUUAUGAAUUAGCGGAUUUUUUUCGCAUGGCGCGGUUUUUUUCACAUAGAAUUCGAAUUUUUGUUAAGUCGCAUUGACAUGAUUGUGAUUGACAGACACUGACAUGUGAGACAUUGCCAAAGGGUUUUAUUAUUUGUUUACCUGAAGAGAGCACAUGCUCAAACUAUUAAUUUUUUAGAUUUGUGGUGUCUUCCUUUGAAAAGAUAUCAAAUAUAAGAAAUAUGCCAGGAGCACUAUGUAGUGUAGCUACAUGUCGAAGCAAUUCCAGAAAGUCAAAAAGAAUGGGUGUAAAUCUUAUGUUUUUCAGAUUCCCUAAAGACUUAAAAAUUCAAAAAGAGUGGGUUAGAAGAUGUGCAAAAAAAGGAGAAUGGAAUACUGAUCAUAAAAGACUUUGCAGUUUACAUUUUAAGCCUGAUGAUUAUGAGGAUGAAAUGAAGGCUAGAUUGAUGAACACCAAACCUAGAAAGCUGAAAAAGGAUGCGAUACCAUCAUUAUUUUUACCAAGUAUGAAUCCUUCCAGACAGAAAAACACAGUGAAGGAAGAAAAAGAAGUAUUUCCAGACACUCCACCUAUUUCCGAAGUUUAUAUACAAGAGCAAAACCUUCAACAGGAAAGCAAAAUUCCCUUGCAAGAUACAAUCAAUGAAGAAUUCAUAAAAAUUGAAUAUUUAGAAGAAUAUAAGCCCACAAAUGAUACCAAAAAUGAUUUAUCAAUAGAAGAAAUCAUGUCUGAUCAAAGUGAACUGGGUUUCUCAACAAUCUCCUCUCCAGGCAUCAUCUGCAAAAGAUCACUUAGCGAUGAUGAUGGAAGCUCUAUUGAGCAGUACAGUUCAAAGAGGCAGAAAUUAAAUGAGGCACAGGAACAACCUAAGAAGAGUUCAAGUGAGUUAUUUCUGUUGAGUUUGGUUCCUCAUUUAGAAUCAAUGACAGACCAUCAACAACUGUCAUUUCAAAGGCAGGUGAUACAGUUACUGGAAAUUAUUAAAUAUCCCCAAUCAGAUAGACCAUUUUCAUAAAAAAUGAGCUAAAUUUCGCAAUGUUGACUAAAGUUCAAUAGAGCACUUCUGUGAUUGAUUUUUUUUUUAAUAUUUAUUGAUAAUAAAGAUAUUUUUAUAGUUA